AUGUCGAAGGUGGUUUAUGAGGGCUGGAUGGUCCGAUAUGGCCGGAGGAAGAUCGGAAGAUCCUUCAUUCAUAUGCGGUAUUUCGUUCUCGAGUCUCGGCUGCUCGCAUAUUACAAGAGGAAGCCUCAGGAUAAUGUGGUUCCAAUCAAGACCCUUCUCAUUGAUGGCAAUUGUAGAGUGGAGGACCGAGGCUUGAAGACACAUCAUGGACAUAUGGUUUAUGUUUUGUCUGUUUACAACAAGAAAGAGAACAAUCAUCGAAUUACGAUGGCAGCAUUCAACAUCCAGGAAGCACUCAUCUGGAAAGAAAAAAUUGAAUCCAUUAUUGAUCAGCAUCAGGAGUCACUAGUUGCUAAUGGUAAUAAAUACCAUUCUUUUGAAUACAAAUCUGGGAUGGAUUGUGGAAGGAAUGCUUCAUCAUCAGAUCAUGAAAGUCAGUUUAGUGCCCCUGAGGAUGAAGAAGAGUCUCAUCGAAAUUUGUCACGGAGAACAACAAUUGGGAAUGGUCCUCCUGAUUCUGUACUUGAUUGGACACAGGAUUUUGACUCUGACUUAGCAAACCAGAAUGCCACCAACCAGGCAUUUUCAAAAAAGCAUUGGCGUCUUCUUCAAUGCCAAAAUGGGUUACUGACAUUUUUUAUGGGGCUUAGUGCAGGACUUCGCAUUUUUGAAGAGCUUCUUGAAGUUGAUUUUCUUCCGAAGAGCUGUAGUAGAGCAAUGAAAGCUGUAGGGGUUGUGGAGGCUACAUGUGAAGAAAUAUUUGAGCUUGUGAUGAGCAUGGAUGGAACACGCUUUGAAUGGGAUUGUAGUUUCCAGUAUGGCAGCUUAGUUGAGGAGGUAGAUGGACAUACAGCAAUACUCUAUCACAGACUUCAGCUGGACUGGUUCCCAAUGUAUGGAUUGCUUUCUUAUGCCUUGAUUAGCAUCUGA